CUUGGUCAGGAGGGGAGGGCGCUGCGGUGUGGUGUGUGCUGGCCGGAGGGAGGGAGGGCGGGGUAUCGGCUAUGAAAGGAGCCAUGAUGUUAUGUUAGCGGGUAGUUUCUGUUUCCCACCCUCUCAAGCAGCCGCCCCUCUACCCCCAAAUGUUUACCUCUUUUCCGCCCCCCCUCCCCACCACCUCCUCCUCCUCCCGAUGCGAAAGAAUUGUUUUUAUGAUUUAAGAGAAAGGGAUUAAAAUGAGCGAUAUCCAUAAAACGGUGCAGAGAUGGCUCGCAAGUUUCAAAAAGGGCACAGACUUCGAUUCGUGGGGACAGUUAGUGGAGGCUAUCGACGAGUAUCAAAUACUAGCCCGGCAUUUACAGAAGGAAGUACAGUCAGUAAACAACUCUACUGAACUCACAGAAGAUCAAAAGUCUGAGCUGUGGCAGAAUCAUUACUAUUGGGAUUCUUGUGCCAGCAAUCUGCCAGAAGAGCCAAACGGAAGACAAAGUGGUAUUCUGUCCGGCUGUCCUUUUGUUUCUGAAAACAGUUGGCAAAAUAGCGACCUGCCUGGAAUUGCGAAGCACAGCUCUUCAGACCACUCAGUCUCAGGAAGAGUUCAGAUUGGAAGAUCUGAAGAAAUUAGAACCAAGAAAAUCCUGGCACCUGGAGAAGAGGAGAAUCUGGAAUUUGAGGAGGAAGAGGAGGACGGCGGAGCAGGCGCUGGGGUGUCUGAUCUUUUCACCACCAGAGUCCCAGGAGCUGUUGAAGGUACUCUGCUACCACGGUUACCAUCAGAACCCGGCAUGACAUUGUUGACCAUAAAGAUAGAAAAGAUUGGGUUGAAAGAUGCAGGCCAGUGCAUUGAUCCCUAUGUAACUGUCAGCGUGAAGGAUAUCAAUGGUGUGGACAUGACUCCUGUACAGGACACGCCCGUUGCGACACGGAAGGAAGACAUGUACGUACACUUUGCUGUGGAUGUGGAAAUCCAAAAGCACAUUGAACGUCUGCCAAAAGGGGCAGCUAUUUUCUUUGAAUUCAAGCAUUACAAACCCAAGAAGAGGUUUACAAGCACAAAGUGUUUUGCUUUCAUGGAAAUGGAUGAGAUCAAAGCUGGGCAGAUAGUUAUAGAACUGUACAAGAAACCAACAGAUUUCAAGAGGAAAAAACUGCAGUUGCUGACCAAGAAACCACUGUACCUUCACCUCCAUCAGAUCUUGCACAAGGAAUGACAUAAACCUUUAUUAAUUUCAUCCUCGGCACAACUCAUCACAGUAGCAGUGUGCAUGAUCAUCUCUAAAACUGGCAACAAGGGCAGCAUUUGUUGCUCAGUGUUUCCCAUCUCAAGUCCCAGCUGCUGUGAUGCAGAUUUAUUUUUUAACAUUGGCUUUUCUAGGUUAGUGGCUAAUCCUGGAAGAGUCUAGUUUCAAACAGGACACUGAGGAAUGAACCUAAAUGAAAUAAGGGAACAUUAGCUACACUAUCUGUGGUAACUAAUAAAGCUUUUUAGUAACUUAUUUAAGAACAGCAAAUCUAAAAUCUACAGAUGCUGCUGAUAUCAUGGAUGAAUAAUGCUUGUGUCUUCAAGUGUGAGUUGCCAGUUUGUUGUGACAUUGGCUUUCUGUUACACUAUGCAGUUAAGUUGAAUGGCAGUAUGCAAAUUAAGGAACUUAGCUGUGGCAGCUAUGUUUUUAUGUACAGGUUUGAGUGGUGAGUCUUAUGUUGUGGUACUUCUCUUAAAAACACUACAUUUGAAAUAGAAGCCAUGCUUAGCUAGCUUUGUGUUUGAUGUACCCGCGAGGACAAUUGUUGCACUACACCAGCAUGUAGCACUGUUUUUGCAUUUGUACAGAUAAUUAUUCAGACAACCCGUUCAUCAUGAUUAACAUUUGUACAAUUUACAAUUUUAAAGAUUUUAAUGUAAACCAGAAGUGGGGGUCUCUCAUUCCAGUGCCAGUUUUAUUGAAUCCCAAAUACUCUGUGGAAGAUCUUGGAACAGUGCACGAAAGAGAAAACUGCUCAUUCACAAGUCAUUUGAACCUCCUUUAUUAAUAAAUUUUCUCAGAAUAUAUAAUAAAAUAAGUUACAUCUGGCCUUAAUUGUACAGGGAUUUCAAGUGUUUCCUACACAGAAAAUUAGACAGAUGUGAUGAGAGGGUUUGUUGAAAUGUUUAUACAGAUUUUCUUUACAUGUGAAUUACUGGAAGGUGUGGAUAUUGCCAGCAUUGUGGCAGGUAGUGAGGGCAGCUCUGAUUAGUCUAUUUCCACAGGAAAAGUCAUUAAUUUUAUUUUUUGCAACCAUUUUUUUUUAAAAAAGGCCUCAAAACAUGUCACAUGAGCAGGGGAUUUUUACACUACACUAAACACAGGUACCUUCAAUAUUGCACAAUUAAAACUGCUUUUGAUUUG